AUGGCCAAAUCUAAAGCAGCAAAGCGCAAGCGCAAUGCGCAGAUUGAUCUGCCUCAGAAACAGGCAAAGCCUUCAACAACAUUGACGCCUCCGCCCGAUGGCUCAUCCCAGGAGCCAAUUCACAUCAAUGCUUUGGUAUCGGACGAAGACCUGGACGUCACCGUGGACACGCUCACAGCACUUGCGGAAUACCCCAGUCUGACCAAGUCCAAGAUGUGCAAGGAUCUUCGUGUCGCAGUGUAUAAUUUCCGCCAAGCCUGCACCACAGGUGUGAACAAUGCUGAAGGUGCAAACUUGACGGCUCGAAUCACAGGUGCACUAGCGGAUGGAAAGUAUCUAGAGGCCAAAAUUCUGCUUGCAGAGAUGCGAAUUCGCGGCGAGCAACCGAAGAUUGGAGCACUCUGUCGCUGGGUUCGAGAUCUGGAUGUCGUUAGCGGUUUGUCAACCAAACCGGGUGAGACCGAUGUUGAGGUGAAGCGCAGUGCAAAAGACCUCGAGCUUCUUGGUGUGCUCGAUGCCAUUCUUCGAGUCAGCACCCCAAUCGAUACAAACAACCAGGCCGUCCCCACCACAUCUCCCAUUGCUUUCCAGUCAAUUUGGGACCUCCGCCCAUCCUCCACACCGCUUCCAAUCUAUGCAUCGGUACUCGACAAGUCAAUUUUGUCCGAGGCCCCUAAAUCAAGCUCUGCCUUACGAAUCAUCGAAACCACACCCGGCCCACAGCGAAAACCUCCUAAUCAUCAUCCGGCCAUUCUCUACACAACUGAGCCAAAUGCCGUUUCAUUGGCCUCCGAGGGUCCUCAAAUCACAUACCACCCUCACCCUGCCGUGCCGGGGCUGGGUAUGGCCAUGAAUGUUCUGACUCCGUCAGAGUGUAAGGCAAUCAUUGCGGCAGGUGAGUCGGUGAACUUCGUUCCAGACGCACCCCUCCGCGAGGAUGGAGAUGUCAGUAUUCUGGCACAUAAUUUUUACUGGGUUGUCGACACCGCCUUCCAUGAUUUGCUCUGGGCUCGAAUUUCUCCAUUUGUGCCCAAUUCCAUCAAUGGCCGACAAGUACGGGGCAUCAACCGCAGAUUCCGCGUAUACCGGUAUGUGCCAGGUGCGGAAUACCGGUGUCACAUUGAUGGAGCUUGGCCACCAUCAGGAAUUCUCCCGGACGACACAUAUGUCUAUGAUUCAUCGCCGGAAGACAACAAGCAGAGCUCCAUGUACACCUUCUUGCUCUAUCUGAAUGAUGAAUUUGAGGGCGGCGAAACCACUUUCUUUCUGCCUGCCUCUAGAGAAGGUACUCUCAACGCCUAUCCGGUCCGUCCUGUGAUGGGCUCCGUCGCCAUCUUCCCACACGGAGAGGCAAAUGGAGCCCUACUGCACGAAGGAACGGGCGUCCGAACGGGUGCGAAAUAUAUCAUCCGUACCGAUGUAGAAUACGACAUCAAGCCGUCUCAAUGA